AUGUACCACUGCUUUGGCUCGGUGGGUGGUGGCAUUGUCAUGGCCACGCAUGGCAUCACGCUGGUCUCUCCCUCCACUGGAUACGACGGACGUGCCAACCUGGCAGCUAUGGAGAGUGAAAGGUAUGGCAGAAAUAGCUAAGUCCUUGUGGAAAACAUGCAUUCAGUGUUAUUGAGGAAUUUUCUGGGACAGUAAACUGUGGUGUGUAGGUUGUGUGCUUUGUGCCUCAAUCAAGUGUAUCCACUUUUCCACCCCCUCCCUCCACCAGGUGUACCUUUGUCUAUGGCACUCCUACUAUGUACAUCGACAUGCUGGGCCAGCCUGACUUGGCCAAGUUUGACUUGUCGUCUGUGGAGGGAGGUGAGAGAUCAUGUUUUUAACUCAAGUCAUUUGUUUCUGUUCUAAUCAUAUUCUCGAAAUCAACUAGAUUGAACAUUACUUAGGUUGGCCAUUGAUUGGGAUGAAAUCCUGCAUACUCGGAGGUCCUAGAGGAUCGUUAUUGAGCAAUCUUGAUAUUGAUUAUAGCAAAUGUACUGUAUAUCUUAGAUUACGUGUUUAUUUAUGCCUUUUAGGAAUCAUGGCUGGUUCCCCGUGUCCACCUGAAAUAGUGAAGAAGGUCAUUUCUACCAUGGGCAUUAAGGAGCUCAUAGUGAGUAAUGUUUUCUUAAUUAAGAAAGUUAAUUGAUUAAUUAGAGUUAGCUAAAUGAUUACUGAAUAUCAUUGAUUGUCCAGAGAGUUCACUCACCUGGUUUCUCAGGCCUGAGUCAGUCCCUGGUUAGAGGUGGAAGCUCAAAACCAGCUGUGGGGUGGCCCUUCAGGACCUUCACUGCUGGGUACAGUUAAUAUAUUUAUUCGUUAGAGGGAGACAUUUUCAUACGAGAACGUCCUUCCAGAUUCAUUAUUGCAGGGUUGUGUGCCGACUCUACUCCUAGCGAGUUACAGGAUGUGCAUGUGUUUGUUUCAGCCCAGCACUAACUCACAUGCUUCUGCUAAUAAGCUACACAUCAAGACUUUGAUUAGCUGAAUCAGGUGUGCUAGUGUUGGGCUGGGACAAAACCCCCAAACUGUAGCUCCCCAGGAGUAAGGUUGGCUGCUCCUAUGACAUUGUCUCUCUGUUAAUGUGUUAAUAUGUUAGCGCACAGUAGUUGAAAAUGGAAUCAAGACAGACAAGGUUACAUAUUUAUUUCUUAGAUGUCCCCCAAAAAGAUGAUGUUCAAUAUACAUAAAAUAUAUACUGAAGAGUCAAAUCUGAAAAGUUAUGAAAGGAAAAGGGGGGUACCUACAUGCUCCCAGAGUUUGGGAAGUCUUCAAUGCCUAUAGAUAAUCCAUUGAUUUAGCAGUAAAAAGUAUCUUGUUUUCAAUGUAAAUCAAUUACUUUAAACGAAAUGUCACACAGUGUCUGUAUUUGUCCGCUAAGAAAUUAAGCAUUGCCACAGCGGGGGGGGUGUAAAAGGCAAAAUAAUUAGUAUAUUAAUUAUUUAGUCAAAGGCUCAAAGACAUGACACCGCUGCUACCUAUUCUCUAAUCCAUUUUGAACUGUACAACAUUUCCUCCUGUGAUAACAGACCUAAAGGCACUGCAAACGCUUCCAAACUCCAUUCAUGUAAGGAUGAAGUAUCUUUGUAUCUCUCGGGAGAUUGAAUACAUACAAAGGACAGUCAUUAAACGAAAGAUACCGCUGGAGAACUAGACUCCUCUCUUUCUCUGUGUCAUCUGACUCUGUUCCUUCUCAACUUUCGCUCCAUUAUCUCAUUAACCCUUUCAGAAAAAGUCCUUAGCCGCCUGCGCUGUGUUGUGUCAUUUACAUUUCACAUUUACAUUUUAGUCAUUUAGCAGACGCUCUUAUCCAGAGCGACUUACAGUUAGUGAGUGCAUACAUUUUUUCAUACUGGCCCCCCGUGGGAAUCGAACACACAACCCUGGCGUUGCAAGCGCCAUGCUCUAUCAACUGAGCUACACAGGACUACCUUUGAUCAGAGUUUUGAGAGGAGUCAGGUCAAGUCACACUACGUCAAUGUCCGUUUUACGGUCACAGUCCUUUCAGGAUGUUUUCUCAGUCUGACAGAAUUUCUCACAGGAGAAGCAAGACAGCGAGACAUGA